AUGCCGCUUCUACACCAGGACACAAGCCGGGGCGGUGGCGGCUCUGAGGAGCACCGUACCCUGGCUGACUUCCUGGGUCUCGACCCCACGUCACUUUCUGAGCCCGCAUCAACGCCAGUCGUCCAUCGCAAUAGUGAGUGUGGAGGUGACAAUGGUUGGCGUUGGGAGGAGGAGCCUAGCAGCCCGGAGGCUGCGCAGACGCCGCGAGCGCUCGUACCGCCCGCCUGCUUCCCUCCAAGACAUCCCACUGCAUUUACUAGUUACAGUGAAAGCGCGCAGCCUGGCAGUCUUUGGUCCGAGGAGUGCGCCUCCGAAAAAGGCAUUACUGAUCUAGUUGCCUCCUUAUGGUACUGUAAGUGCAUGUUUCAGAAGGCCCUGGCGAUGCCCUCCGCGUCGGUGUCGCUGCCGCCGGCGCAGUUCGGCUGUGAUCGACUGGACCGUUUGGACAGAUUGGAAGGCAUCGACAGAGACGAAACUUGGAACGAGCAAAACUCGAGGGAACACCGCGCUUCCAUGCUGCCGAGGCGAGCUUCCUUUUGUGGAGUGGUGUGGUCCCGCAAUGGGAGCGAGGUGUUGCGUUGGGGGGGCAAGCUACCCCCGCGCUGUGUCGACCCCAGCGGAGGGUUCAGCUCCAAGGUGUUCCUAGGGGGUCUCCCAUGGGAUAUUAAUGAAGCCUCGCUCAUGCAAACGUUGAAGCACUUUCAACCAAUACGUGUGGAAUGGCCAGGUCGCGAUGGACCCCCAGCCCCGGGUGGGUCAGGCAAUGCCCCGGGCAACGGUUGCCCGCGCGGGUUUGCGUACGUUAUAUUCGAGAGCGAGCGCCGCGUGAGGGCGCUGUUGGCCGCUAGCCGUCGGGAUGGGAAUGACUGGUACUACCGCAUCGGAUCUCGCAAGACUCGUAGCAAGGAGGUGCAAGUGAUCCCGUGGGCGCUGUCGGACUCGAACUGGGUGUCCGGGGGCUCGGUCCGGCUGGAGCCGGCGCGGACGGUGUUCGUGGGCGCGCUGCAUGGGAUGCUGUCCGCCUCCGCGCUCGCUACCAUCAUGAACGAUCUCUUCUCCGGAGUUGUUUACGCAGGAAUAGACACAGACAAGUACAAGUACCCGAUCGGCUCGGGUCGUGUUACCUUCAACAACGUGCGCUCCUACGUUCGCGCGAUCUCCGCCGCGUAUGUGCAAAUACACACCGACAAGUUCACCAAGAAGGUACAAGUAAACCCAUACUUGGAGGAUUCCAUGUGUUCUGUGUGCAAUCUGCAGCAGGGGCCCUACUUCUGUCGCGAGCCAACUUGCUUCGGUUACUUCUGCCGAUCUUGUUGGUCAUGGCAGCACUCCACGGACGACCAUAAGCCGUUGAUGCGUAACUCCAAGAGUGCCAGCCCUCGCGCCGUCCCGCCCUCGCAGGACAAUAGCAACGAUCAUCACAACUACAAUGGCAUCUUUGGCCAUGCUAACGAAAGCACACCGUCUCCCGCGACGAGCGGUACGAGCGGCACGAGCGGUACGAGCGAGGAGCCGGGCAGCGGCGGCAGUGGGCUGAGCGAGGAGGCCGAGGGCGGCGGGGACGACGCGCCCGGGGGCGCAGUCUCCACGUGGCUCAACUAG